GACUCAUAUCUUGUCCCAGUUGCUGAGGGGUCGUCUGUCCAUCAAACCAGCUCCCAACCUGGACCUCCUCCCAUGAGUCUGUAGAUUAGUACCUGUGUGUUGAGGGUGUGAGUUAGGAAGUAAACAUCAGGCUGUGCUGCUGACCUGCACAGCUCAUCCUCUGCUGGUUCUGCUAUAAAAGAGGAUGAGCAGAGCCUUCUCAACGUCACAUCUCCUACUUUGCUCCCUGCAGUGAAGAGCUGAAGCUCAGUGACUGUUACUGAUCCUACUACUACAGCUGCUGCUGCUUCAACCUGACUGUUGUGUUUCACUCUGCAGCUCGUUGGUCACAUGGCAGCCAUGAAGAGCAUCCUGGGUCUCCUGGUUCUGUUUGCAGUCUCAGCCUGGACCGAAGCCAUGGUUGUGAACAGAGCAGGUGCAGACAGUGACACAGAAGCUGAGGGAGGCCUGUCCGUCUCAGAGCUGCUGGGCAGAGCCAACAGAAACCUCAACCCCAUCCAAGAUGGCUUCCAGCUGCGAGGCGACAUUGCUGUUCCCAACCACAGGAACGCUGACCCCUGCACUCAGACUGGCUGCAUGUGGCCUAAAGCGUCUGAUGGCAAAGUUUAUAUUCCCUACGUCAUCACUAGCAACUACACUGCUCAGCAGGUCAGUAUUAUCAGAAGUGGCCUUAACUCCUUCUCCAACUGCACCUGCAUUCGCUUUAUUCCCCGCCAUAAACAAUCAAACUACAUCAACAUAAAGUCUCUCAGUGGAUGCUACUCCUCCGUGGGUCGUGUUGGAGGUGAACAGACCGUGUCAAUAAGCCUUCUAGGCUGCGUGAACUUUGGCAUAGUCCAACACGAGCUGCUCCACGUUCUGGGCUUUGACCAUGAGCAGUGUCGCUCCGAUCGGGACCAGCACGUCCAGAUCCUGCUGCAGAACGUCAUCUCUGGUAUGGAAUAUAACUUUAAUAAGAUCAACACUCUGAACCUGGGAACUCCUUAUGACUACAACUCUGUGAUGCACUACAACAGACUGGCUUUCUCCAAGGACAAUGUGAGUCCCACUAUUGUGGCUAUUCCCAACCCCAACACUGUGUUUGGCACAGCCACACAGAUGAGCCAGAACGACAUCGACCGCAUCAACCUGCUGUACUGCUCCAAGAAGCUACGCUGACCUCCCUUUGAAUUCAUAAAUAUCUGCUCAGGGCUUUAACAUUUGCUCAACAUUGUUUCAUUCAAUUAAGUUGUAUUUACUCAUUAAAUUUUCAUCUGA